AUGUCCCUCUCUGCGGCGCGCGCCUCUCUCCGGCACGCCGGGCCAUCUGUGCGCGCACUGAGCUCGACUGCGCGCGUCGAGGCCACCAAGAAAUCUGUCAAGGGCAAGGGCAAGCCCAAGGCUAAGGCGGCUCCCAAGGUCGUUGCGGCCAAGGUUGACGAGUCGCUUCCGCUCGACGAGGCGAUCCGCGUGCUGCGCGCACUCGAGAUCUCGUCUCCACACUCGGCUUUCCAAAUGGAGGUGAUGACCAAGCACAACAAGCCGAACGCCCCACCGCUGCGUGGCCGCAUCUCGCUGCCCCACGACCCCAGGCGUGUGGCCGACACCAUUGUCGUGUUCGCCGAGGCUGACUCUCCGGCAGCCAACGCUGCGCGCGAGGCCGGCGCCCACAUCAUCGGUGGACAGGACUUGUUCCCCAAGAUCCUCAGCGGCGAAAUUGUACCAACAAAGUGUCUCGCGACCUCAGGUAUGAUGCCGCUCGUCAGCGCCUCGCUCGCGCGCUUCCUCGGUCCCAAGGGAUUGAUGCCGAACUUCAAGCGUGGGACGGUUGGUGAGGGUGUGGAGCUGGGUCGCCUUGUCGAGGAGGCUGGUGGCUCGAUUGAGUGGAAGGCCAACAAGCUUGGAACAGUGCGCACGCCUGUUGGCAGGAUGACCUUCACGGCGGAGGACGUGACCCAGAACGUCCGCCUGUUCAUGGACCACAUCCGCGAUCAGUCUGUCAAGCUGUCUAGCUCCGAAUCUGCCUUGACACGCGUCAACAAGGUCGGCAAGCUCACCCGGGUGUGCAUCGAGACCACUCACGGGCCGAGUAUCGAGAUCAAGGACAUCCUCUAG